CUCCUACUUCUUUAUGUAAAGGAAGAUAAGACAAUCAAACGCAUACCUCUCGUCCUCUUACAUUGCUGUCCAGGAAUCCAAUACCUUCCCAUGAAGCUUGACAUCUUUUUAUAUGUGUUUCUGCAAAAGCGAAACACUCAAUUCUUGUUCUUAACAAUCCACAACCUGUUUCAGUUCCAAAAAGCUUCUUCUGCAGCAAAGAACAAGUUUGGUUCUCCUCUUAUUGCAAAACUUUGGUUUCUUAGCAUCGUCCCUUGCAUCGUGUUUACAAAAGUAAGCUCUCAAUUAACAGCAGGAAGGAGUCAUGGAUCAACAACAACAAGGUGACAAGAAUCUGACUGUGUUCGUCGGACCCUGGGGAGGAAAUGGAGGAACUGCCUGGGAUGACGGGAUUUAUCAUGGUGUCCGUGAGAUCAGACUUUUAUAUGAUCAUUGCAUUGACUCCAUCACAGUGAUCUACGAUAAGAAUGGUAAACCUGCAAGAUCAGAGAAGCAUGGAGGUGUGGGAGGCAACAAAACAUCAGAGAUAAAGCUGCAAUACCCAGACGAGUAUCUGAUUGGCGUGAGUGGCUACUACUGUCCAAUGGUUAAUAGUGGCACCCCUGUCAUUAGAUCAAUGACAUUCAAAAGCAAUAAACAAGUUUAUGGACCUUACGGAGUUGAACAAGGAACACCCUUCACUUUCUCAGUCAAUGGAGGACGCAUUGUUGGCAUGAACGGUAGGAGCGGCUGGUACCUUGACUCCAUCGGGUUCCAUCUUUCACGUCCUAAAUCAACCAAGAUGGUCAACAAGCUUCGGAAGAAGAUUCACUGGCUCACAAGGAUAGUAGCAUCAUAAAGUCUAUUGCACAGACUUGAUCAGAUAGCAUAUCUGCAUAGAAUGUACUAGAUAGACUCUACGAAUAAGGAUGUUGGAUGUAUCUUAUAGUCCAUAAGACCAAAAGUUACUGCCAAA